AUGAUGGCCCAAAGCGGCAUUAUUGUCCAAGAACCUGGCCGCGCGACGCUGGUACAAGAUGUCCCGCUCCCUGAAUUGCCGGACAAUUACAUUCUCGUCAAAACAAAAGCUGUCGCUUUGAAUCCAACGGACUGGCGUCAUAUAGAUUUUGUACCCUGCACGGGGGCCACCGUGGGCUGCGACUAUUCUGGAAUAGUAGAGGCCGUUGGCCCCAGCGUUAAAAAGUCCUUCAAAAAGGGCGAUCGUGUUGCUGGGUUUGUACACGGCAGCAAUGCUGUUCGACACAAUGGCGGCGCAUUUGCUCAGUAUGUGAUUGCUAAGGGCGAUCUCCAAAUGUUGAUCCCCGAGUACAUGAGCUUUGAGGCGGCAGCCACCUUUGGUGUCGGUUUGACCACCGUUGGUCAAAAUCUUUACCAAAGCAUGGAAUUGCCUUUCCCCGGCGAGGAGAGCGAAUCAGAUGACACAAAUAUCUUAAUCUAUGGAGGGGCAACGGCUACCGGUACGCUUGCGAUUCAAUUGGCAAAAUUAUCAGGAUUGCGAGUCGUCACGACAUGCUCUGAAGCCAACCGCGGCCUCAUGCUUGAGCUUGGGGCAGACGCAGUUUUUGAUUACCACGAUCCACUAGUGGGUGAGCAGAUCCGAGAGGAUACUGAUGAUGCUCUGGAAUUUGUUCUUGAUACAAUCUCCACGCCCCAGUCGGCUGCUAUCUGCAGUGCUGCCAUUUCCUCAGCGGGAGGUUCCUACAAUGCUCUACUGGAUGUUCCAUGCCCUAGAGAUGACGUUGAUUCACAUGUCUCAAUGGCGUAUGAUGUUCUGGGAGAGCCUUAUCGCAUGGGAGCGCACGAGAUAUCCCCCGAUAGCACUAACUUUGACUUCGGCAUCAAAUGGUGGGGAUUAGUGCAGAAAUUACUCGAGGAACGUCGCAUUCACCCUCAUCCAUAUCAGGUGAAACCAGGAGGUUUGGCUGGAGCGUUGGCCGGUCUUCAGAUCUUACGGGAAGGUAAAGUCCGAGCUUCCAAGCUAGUCUAUCGGGUCGAUCAAUCCGAGUAA